CGUCUCCCCCCCCCCAACAUGCUUGAACCUUCCCGCCUUUUUCACCUCCUCCCCCAUCUCCCCUCAGAGACCCUAGUUUAAGGUUGGGGGGGCGCGGGAGGAAAAGAGCCUAAACAGGCGGGUGCCUUCCCCCCAAAAAAAUCGUUCUUAUUGUGGUACGGGGCCGGGGGGGAGGAUAAGCAGCUGCAGGGACACCCCCACACACACUCCCCAAUGUCCAUCGUUGUGGUAUUGGAGGGUGGGAAGGAAUGCCGUCCCCUCGUGUUCACCUCUAUUGUGGCGUUUUGGGGGCGCGUUCACCAGGCACCCCCAUGUUUGGGCUUCUGUGUGGUUAUUGUGGGCUCAAGCAGGCAUCACCAUGUUUGUCAUUGUGGUGGGGUUUGGCGGGUGCCUCGUGUUCAUCUUUAGUGUGGCAUUUGCAGGGGAGGAGGCUGAGCAGAACCCCCCCCCCAUUUGUCCCGGCCUUCGUGUGGAUUUGUAGCGGAAGGAGCUGCCAAGUUCAUUGCAAAUCCUGUGGGGGGGGGGAGGGAGAUUUUGGGGUCUUACACACGUGUUCAGAAUUCCCAUCACCCCCCCCACCCUCUGAAUAUAUAUAAGGGUCUGGUUGCUUCUGUUUCAAGUGUAUCCGAAGAAGUGUGCAUGCACACGAAAGCUCAUACCAAAAUAAAAACUUAGUUGGUCUUUAAGGUGCCACUGAAGGAAUUUUUUUAUUUUACGUGUUCAGAAGUUCAUCGUAUCCUGAACAUUUCCUUCCCCAGGAGGAGAUGGUGGGUUUGGGACCCUCUCCUCCCUACUCCCUAUUCUGGACUCAGCAGGGUUGCAGCCUAUGGUCUAAAACCAUUUCUUAAUACAGUACACAUGAGUACAGUAUAUCAUUAGCAGAGAGUCUGGGGCUUCAUACAUUUAUGCUUUUAAAGAGACAGGUGGUGCUGUGGGUGAACAAGGGGGUUUCACAGAAUUCAUGGAGCCAAGAUGGAGAAGCAGGAGCUUAGGGACCUGUUUUUCCUAACAGUAGAUUUGCUAGGCUGGACUGAGCAGGGGGCAAGGAUUGCAUGACAUUCAUGCGACCAGUUGCCACAAACUUCAUAUCCUUGUUAAACCAGAGGAGAGAGAUAUAAAUUGUAAAGUCUUGCCUGCUUGUGUGGCUUACUUAAUGUGGUUUGGUGGUGGUGGAAGCAAUGGCUUUGUUGUUGCUGUUAAUUUAGAGGGGUGUGUGAUGCUGGCAUCUUUGACCUCAUUGAGUAGUAUGGUUGUAGCAGGUCUUCUUUUCUUUUCUUUUCUUUUGCAAAACUUUAGAGUAUUGGACCAGAUGACACUUCCAAGCCCCCUUUGAUGUAGUAGUGAGAAACAAUCUGAAAAAGGGCACCACUGUCCAACCCUCACCAGUGCCCUGCUACAGUCCAUGAGAGGUUUGAUCAGGAUAACUCCACAUCAUAUUUAAACAACACUUCACAUGCAAGCUUCUCUUUUGCUGUGUCUAAAAUUUGAUCCAGCUUUUCCAGGCAGUGACCUUUUUAGAUUACCUUGACAAUGGCAAUAAUAAGAUGGCAAUCCAGCAGGCAGACAAGUUACUGAAGAAACACAAAGACCUUCACUGUGCUAAGGUUUUGAAAGCAAUCGGCCUGCAAAGAACCGGGAAGCAAGAUGAAGCAUUCUGUUUAGCACAAGAAGUAGCUGCUCUUGAACCCACGGAUGAUAAUUCGUUACAAGCUCUGACUAUCCUAUACCGGGAAAUGCAUCGGCCGGAGCUGGUCACAAAACUCUACGAGGCAGCUGUGAAGAAAGUUCCCAGCAGUGAAGAGUAUCAUUCCCACCUCUUCAUGGCCUAUGCAAGGGUUGGGGAAUACAAGAAGAUGCAGCAGGCUGGAAUGGCACUUUAUAAAAUUGUUCCCAAAAACCCUUACUAUUUUUGGUCUGUGAUGAGCUUAAUUAUGCAGUCUAUAUCUGCACAGGAUGAAAAUCUCUCAAAAACCAUGUUUUUGCCUCUAGCUGAAAGAAUGGUAGAAAAAAUGGUGAAGGAAGAAAAAAUUGAAGCUGAGGCAGAAGUUGAGCUUUACUACAUGAUUCUAGAACGCUUGGAGAAAUACCAGGAAGCUCUGGAUGUUGUGAGAGGAAAAUUAGGAGAGAAGUUAACCAGUGAGCUCCAGAGCAGAGAGAACAAGUGCAUGGAGAUGUACCAAAAGCUGGGCAAGUGGCCAGAAUGCAACGCACUCUCCAGGAAACUUCUGCUGAAAAACCCAGAUGAUUGGCAGUUUUAUAUGAUCUAUUUCGAUUCCAUCUUUGAACUGAUUGACGCAGCCUGGACUCCCCCAGCUGAAGGAGAGCACUCUCUUGAAGGCGAAGUGCAUCACAGCACAGAGCAAGCCAUGGCUUUCAUAGAGCAGAGGAUAACACAAGAAGCCAACAGUGCCCGGCCACUCCGGGGACCUUUCCUCGCCCGACUGGAGCUGAUCAGGCGGUUGCGGCACAGAGGCUGCAGUGAAGAACACAAAUUGGGUGAUCCAGAAGAGCUGAUGUUCCAAUAUUUCAAACAAUUUGGGGACAAACCCUGCUGCUUUACUGAUAUCAAGGUGUUUGUAGAUCUCCUCCCACCAACCCAAUAUACAAAGUUCAUCAACCAGUUGCUGGGGGUCAUCCCCCUGUCUGCACCAGCAGAAGAGAAACUUGCACUACCAGCUAACAUCAAAGCUUUGCAGCAGCACUUGUGUGUUGUGCAGUUGACAAGGUUGCUUGGCCUCUACCACACCAUGGACAAAGCCCAAAAACUGGGAGCCAUCCAGGACUUGAUGUCACGAUAUCGGCACGGACUGAAUUUUGGAAAAUCUUGUUUGAAAACAGAGUUGCAGUUUUCCGACUACUACUGUCUGCUUGCUGUUCACUUGCUCCUUGACAUCUGGCUAGAGGCAGGUGAGGAGCCGGCUGCCUGGCACUGCUUGACUUUACUAGAAGAAGGGCUGGCUCACAGCCCCUCCAAUGCUCAGUUCAAAUUGUUGCUCAUCCGGAUCUACUGCAUGCUUGGGGCGUUCGAACCAGUCGUGGAGCUUUACUCCAGCCUCGAUGCCAAGCACAUACAGCACGACACCAUCGGUUACUUGCUGACACGCUAUGCCACAGCCUUCGGUCACUAUGCUGCCGCAUCACAAUCCUGCAACUUUGCACUCAGGUUUUUCCACUCCAACCAGAAAGAUACCUCAGAAUACAUUAUUCAAGCCUAUAAAUAUGGUGCAUUUGAGAAGAUCCCAGAAUUCAUUGCUUUCAGGAACAGGCUAAACUCCUCACUUCACUUUGCACAAGUCCGCACAGAACGGAUGUUACUGGACCUCUUACUUGAAGCAAAUAUAUCAGUGACUUUGGAAGAAAGUAUAAAGUCCAUGAGCCUAAGUCCAGAAGAGGAUGACAUUCCCUGGAAUGAUCUGCGGGACAACCGAGACCUCACCGUCUUGUUUAAUUGGGACCCAAAAGACAAGGGCAUUUCUGAAGAACACAAGGAACUCUCCUUGGAGGAAGAGACCAUAUGGUUGCAGAUCCGAUCUCUGAUGUUGCGGCUCAUAAGUGGGCUGCCAGCUCUUGGGCACAAUGCCCAGCCAAAGAACUCCGAGAAAACCACGGAAAAUGGCGUCUCCUCCAAGAUCGACAUGAUAAGAGCUCUGCUGCGGAAGCUGGACGCUGCAGUGAAGUCCGGAAAGCAGUUCCUUGAGCAGAAGGUUCAGUAUCCGGUCCUUGGCCCCCCACCUUCCCGAAUGGCUGGUUUCUUCAACAGUGGGAGCUGCCAGUGCCAGACCAGUUUAUUUCACCUUGUUAGUGAAAUUUAUGAAUUAGAUACUAUUGGGUUAGAAGAUUCGGCAGCAAUUCAAGAGAGAAUAGGAAAUAGCUUUAAAUUAUUACUAGAACAACUAACAGAUCAAUUCAAUAAAUGCAAAGGUGAUUUGUUGGAAGUCCGGGAAGGCAGGUUCCAAGCCCAUCCGAAUAUUUUAGAAAAUCUGGUCUUCUUUGUGGAGACCAUCUCCAUUGUUCUGUGGGUAUGCAGUUAUUCUGACGCCGUCCUCAGGCCCUACAGAUCAAGCUUGCAAAAAAAGAAGAAGAAGAAGAAAGAGAGUGUUGUAGCAAUGCCCCCCGUGUUCACCAGCUUUCAGGAUUACAUUUCCAGUCUCCAGACUCUCAUUUCCAGUGUGAUAGAUCAUAUCCAAGGGCUGGAAAUCACUUUAGCUGCGCUUAAACUUGAAGAACUCUCCAUAGAGGACAAUUUACUGUCGCAGGAAGAAAAGAAGUUUACAAAGACUGUGCUGAGCAAAGUCCAGAACAGUUACCAACAUGCGAUACAGGAAAUGGGAGAACUGCUGAAAAAGAGACUUGAUACCAUCAAAACUCUAAAGGUUUAAGGAAGUGUGUCCUGGGUGCCAAGGGUCAAGAUUGAAAUGCCGACAACAGACGAGAAACAGCAUCUGCCACCAUCCCUUCAACGUUAAAAAUCUGGAACUUCCUCAUAAAUGCAUGAAGGACUUUUGAUCGUAAAAAUAGUUUUUUUAUGUAUUAAAAAGAUAUAUUCAAGCUGAUUAAAUUAUUGUACAUAAAAACCAGAAGCAGGGACCCUUGUCCGUCAGGGUUAGACCACUUUUUUUAUACAUGUUCAUAAGCAUAUUGUAACAGAGGCAAAAAAAACCCUAACCUGUUUCACUUCCCUUUGUGGGGAAAGGGGGGCAUUCUCCAGAAGCUCUCUGGGGGCUUGAAGUCUUUAGAAGCAGCAAUAGAAAUCCAGUGUAAAGCAUAUUUCAAAGGAGUUUGUAUUUUUUUCCAUCACGCAAUUCAGCAUUUAUAGUUUUGUGUGCAAGUUUCUUGCCUUUGAAAAGCAGAAGUUCAGAGAGCCCAGUGCUCCACUGUGUAACUUCUUGGGUGUUCUUUCUUUCUCCCCCGUCCAACACCCCCCCUCGAGAACAGUUGUAUGACUGCUUGGUAAACUGAUUGGCCCAGGACAGGUGACUUUCUCCCCCCCCCCAACUCCAGAACAGUUAUUUUUAUUCACACCGCCAACCUAACAACUGAAGGCACUGCUUGAAUGAGUUGCAGCUUCAAGCCCUUGUGUGUCUUGCUUUCCAAUCCUUCAAGGAAAAACAAAACAAAAUCAGAAAAAGUUGGUAUCUGUUUAUGUGGUGAGGAACAGGAUGCAUGGUCUGAGUUGGGCUUCCUGUUAUUCGUAAGUCUCUAAGAUUGAUCCUCGGCAUUGUUAGGGAAUGUGCAUUAGAUAAAUUUUGGAUGAGAUUCUAGAAAACAGGGAGCUCAAAUCCAUUUCUUAUCCUGUUCGUUAUCACCAUUCCGAACCUUUCAUCAUAUCUGAAACAGCUUUUGGUGACCAUUUGUGUAGGUUCCUCCUGGAUUAUGGAGUGUUUUAUUAAAUGCAUGGAAAUUGUCAUCUGGCCAAAAGAAAUGGCUUUCGAUAAAGUAUGUUGAUCUUCCUUUGCAACCAAAUAUAAGCAAGUGUAGCAGGCUUGAUUACCCAGGCACCACCUUGGAUAGCCCUCCUUCCGCUCCUUGUUACUUUGUUCAUCAUGUUACAUGGUAUAGGCAGUCCUUGUUUUGUUUGGGGGUACCGUUCCAUAAGCCCAGCCCACCCGGCCCCUUGUCACGGCGUCUUUAUGACAUUUUGGGGGCUACUUACAGGUUCAGUGAUGUGCGCUUGGGCACCAUCAUGCCUCAUUCAGACGCGCCUAAACUGGGAGUUGCUUCUACCACUAAACUCUUCUUUUCUACCAAAUUAUAGCUGUUUCAGAAUCAGUGGGUACUAAAAAUCGGUUAUUUUUAUUUUAUUUUAUUUUGCAACAAAGACUUCAGGCUUUGGCAGAUACCUGGCUAAAGGAAAAUCAGCAUCAGAUAACAAGCUUUAAAUUUUUGAAAGAGCUGGUAGUCCUGGUGGUGGCACAUCAUUUUUUCUAGAAACAAGUGGGUGAGCCAUUUCUCUUGUGGCCAGUCCACUACGGUUUCCUUGUGCAGAAUUCUAAGCCCUGUGAACUAGCCUAUUUCUGCUAUUAAUUAGGAGGGAUCUGAAGACCUUGACCGUAAAAUUUUCAGGUGUGCUUUUAGGAAUGAUCCACGCGGCUUUUAUUUUGCCAUUUGUGUUGAUGUGUUAGUACAUUCUAGCCACUUCAGCCUGCUUAAUCACCAUUUCGCACAGCUGAGGGGGACCAGUAGAUUCUCUGUGGCCAUCUUCCCAUUCCCAGGAAAAGUACCUGCUUCUUCCAGGAACAAUCCCCACUAUCCGCUGAAGGAAGGAAAGCUGCUGUGUGAAACCCACCUUGAAUAGUUUGGUGUUGUGAUCAACUUGCUCCUCAGAGCAGUGUGUGUGUGUGUGUGUCAGUAUCAGAAUGAUGCCUACAUAGAUAUGUUUUCUGUCCAGAAACCCCAGCAUGAUUCUUAAGACGCCACAAAAGAAAUCAGUCUUUAUUUUAAUCUGGAGCUGUUCUUCACUCCAACUACACAUGCAGUUUAGUGACAGAGUUUGUUAAUAAUACUGAAGUCUAGAUUUGCCAAUAAGAUCUAUUGGUGAAUGAAUGCCUUCUGUGCUUGCUUUUGGAAGUGAGGCUUUUUUAAAAAAAUAAAACACCAGUUUAAGCAAGAAUCAUAUAGGGUUCCAGAGACAUUUCACUGGCAGCUCCUAAAAGGAUUCCACCUGCAUCAGACACCUUGAUUCCAGGUGUUUCCUUUUGUUGGCAGUGCUAGAGGUCACUCGAUGCAUAAGCAAAAAUAAACCUUUUAAGCCCCCCCCCCCUUCUCCAUACAGGACAAAAGCAGGGGACAGAACUAUGCUAGGCAAUGGGGAUAACCAAGAAGUAUCUCAAAAUAGUAUGGGUGGUGAAUUCUGUUUGCCAAGUUGUGAACGUCUUCAGUUAUGACAAUUGUGCUCUUGUGGUGUUGCUUUGUGGCAACAUCUUCCUUCUGUGUUGGGCCUGGAACAGAUUUCUCCUGAAAUCCAUGCUUGGGGUGUGAGUGUCCAUGUGAGUAGCAGCAUUGCCCUUUAAAAGGAAUUGAAAAUCAUACACAUUUGAAUUUAUUGAAUUUAUUUCUGAAGCAGCAGUUUGCAAAGGUCUCAGGAUCCAAUCAAGGAAAUACAUUGCUCCCCACUCCUUAUGAUUAAAAUCCUCCAUUACAUAGGAGUUGGUUUGGGGUUUUUCUCUGACAACUACUGUACACAUGUAUCAGGGGCAGCAUCAGAUUCCAGCACAAUAAUCAUUUGGGUCCACAAUAAUCAUUUGGCAGAAAAGUUAAUUUGUAAGUUUCUGGAGAAACUGAUCAUUGUCAACAAAACUCAAGUUCUUAAUAAACCAAAUGUUUUCCUACCUUCUGCAAGCAACACAAACACACAAACCUACCUUUCUGAAUUUGUGAAAUAAUGUAGCGCUGUUUUAUCUCAUUUUUGUUGUGGUUUCAUGGACAGACACAGGAUAUAAUUACCUUUAUGCAGUGCUGGGAUCAUGAACCAAGAUGAUUCUGCAGCUGCUUCCAGCAACCAAUUUCUAAAGUUAAAAUAUUUCAUUGUGGUUCAGGGUUGUAAUCCAGUUACGUCCCCCUCUCAAGAAAACUACAACAGCCACCUGUAUUGCCCAUUUAGCUGGAAGGGGAGGUGUAUAUUUUUAGUAAUUUUUAACUUGUUUAAAAUUGCAUUUAUAUUUUGCAAUUGUUAUGUUGAAUCAUGGAGGAGGGUUUGUCUCUUGGAUCUAUAAAGGGGAUUUCUGUUAUAUGCAAGAUAGCUUGGGACUUUUUUUUCCUUGACUUGUUCUCUGUAAUUUAUGACUUUGGAAGGUCUGUAAAACACUUAAGCAGCUGACAGAAUUUCAAGUGACAAAACUGCUAGCAAUCUGCUUUAAACUGGAUGGAUUUAUAAUUUAUAUAUAUAUAAAUAUAUAUAUAAAGGUCAGUUUCUUUAUAA